AUGGCUACUCCCUGGGUGAGAACUCUAGCCAUUGGCUGUAUUCUCUCGUACAUCCUCGCCGUAGAGGCAGCUCUCAACUGUCGAGACAUCACCAUCCCCGUCUCAGCCUCCGCACUCAACUUCGACUUCCCAGCCACCCUCAACCUCACAAAACUGGUCAGUGGCACAUUCCACAUCGACGGAACCUACUGCGAGCCCUCCAAGGCCGUGGCGUCCAGGCGAAACACUCUUCAAAUCCUCUCCCACGGCAUCACAUACGACCGGAAAUACUGGUCCGGAACGCAGUUCAACACCAGUAUAUAUUCGUGGGUCCAGUAUGCGGCGAACGAAGGGUAUCCUACGCUUGCGCUCGAUCGACUCUGCUAUGGCACUUCUUCCCAUCCCAACGGGGUUUUGGUGUGUCAGGAGCCUAUGAAUGCAGAGAUUAUGCAUCAGAUCCUUCAGAAGGCUCGUCGGGGACAGAUUGCGGGGAGGUCGUUCGAAAAAAUUGUUUAUGUGGGACAUUCGUUGGGGUCGUUGAUUGGGAAUGUGUUGGCUCAGAUCUAUCCCGCCGACGUUGACUCCUACAUCCUAACAGGCUUCACCCCCUUCCUCGCAAUCGGGGGCUUCGAAUUCAUCCUCGCCCUCGCACCCCUCCCCUCCAUCCUCAUCGACCCAGUCCGCUUCCCCACCCCAGACCUAGCCUACCUCAUCGCCACAAGCCCCAGCGGCGCCCAAGGAACCCUCUACUACGGCGACUACGACCCCGCCGUCGCCGCCCAAGACUACGCCACACGCGGAACCUACCCCUUGGGCGAGAUCGCCACGGUGCCUCUCGGCCAGCUCCCCGCGCUGGGGUAUACCAACUCCGUGCUGGUGAUGAACGGCGAGCACGACCAGGUGUUUUGUACGAGGGUGCCGACUGAUCCUUUGGUCGGGUAUCGGGGGAAUUGUGGCGAGGGGGAGGGGUCGUACACGGCGCAGACGAGGCUGUUGUUUCCGAAUGUCAAGGCGUUUGAGUUUGAGAAUGUGGAGGAGACGGGGCAUGAUGUUGAUUAUCAUCGGACUGCGCAGGAGGCUUUUGCGGUUGCGCAUGGGUCUUUGAGUAGGCAGGGGUUUUGA